UCCGCACAGAAAUAAUUAUCAAACUUCAACUCAGCCUGCACACAUACCUUCGAUUCCACUUUCAAACCGUCUUCCUCUCGUUCUGCUUGCUUUUUCUGUUGGUCAGACAUGGAAAAUACUUUUACAAAGAAAACGAGAGAAAGACUAUUAUCAUACUGACUAUAUUGUGAGACUGACUUAUUCUGUACUUGACAGCUGUUCAUUUUGGGUUUCAAAUAUUGGAGUUUUCCUCUAAUUUAAGUCUCAGACCCCAGAAGAGCACAGUACUGGUGUCUUGGGCCGGAUCGGGAGCUGGUUCUCCCCCUGGAAAGAAAGAGGGAGCCCCAGGAGUCCAAGUGACGAUGCCUCUCAGUCCCCGACGGAAGACCAGAGCCCCAGGCCAGAAGGAGAGGGGGCCCAGGAGGAGCCUGUGAGGGGAGAAAAGGAGCAGCAGAAGGAGGGAUCGAAUUUCCAGCCUGCCCAGCGGCAUCUCUCCAGGGUUUUUGAGGAGUGGAACGCGGCGGACGCCAGAGCGUCUACCCACAGGGACAGCCCCCUCUCUGCAGCCAGCAGCCACAGCGAGUGGGGAGAAGGAGGAGGUCCUAGGGAGGAGGAGUGGUGGAUUGCCUCGCAGGGAGAGGAAACGGAGGAGGAGGGGGGAAGGAGCAGUGGAGCGAGCGGGAAUCCUGCCCCGAAGAGGAAUGCCAGCCAUCUGACACGUGUGCUUUCAUCUGCCCUUGAAGAGGGAGUGGCCUGGGAGGACUCUGACCGUCAGGAACACACCCAGGCCCUGCCCCGAGCCCAAGUCCAGGCAGGCAAGAGGCUGCAUGUGUACCUAGAGGAGACGAGCCUGAGCCUGAGCCAGAACGGAACGGGCACCCACACAAAGCAGGAAGUGCCCCCCUCCAUCAUCACCACCAGGGUGAAGAAAAGAAUUCAGGUGGUUUCCAGAGCAAAAUCAUCCAAGAGUGUUGACUUGUCAUCAGAGAACACCAAUACAAAGGAGAGGACCGAGGAGCGCAAAAGGAUUUGUCUCAAAGCUGCUAUAGGGAUCAAAGGUCACAGCAGUUACAGUGCCCUGGUGGGAGUGUCACUGAAGUCCCCCAAAGAGACACAGACGAGCUCACAUACCAUCCCUGAGCUCUCUGGUGAAGAGGAGUCAGACAGAGACACAGACACGAUGGGCCGUAAGAACUCAGGCAGGAGGCGGUCCAGGAAGAACUCCUCCGGAGACGGAGGAGGAGCCAGUUCUCAGGAGAAUACGCCCACCAAACCCCAGCCUGGAGCCGAGAACUCACCUACAUCAUCAGAAUAUAACACACCUAAACCUGGAGACUCCACCCCCUCCUCUUCUAAAGACAAACAUGCUUCAGUUCCCCAAAAAAUACGCAGAGGGAAGGAGAGGGAGGAAGCCCAGGAGGACCUAGACGCACCAGUACACGCCACCCUGGUGGCCGUGGUGGACGGGGAAGGGGACAUGGACGUAGACGUGGUCGACAACACUAGCCCGUGCCGGGUGGAGAGGCGCACGGAGAGCGCCGAGUCCAAACGCCGGAGCAUGAAGGUGUCGCACAGCGAGGUGAAGUUCUUUGCGAAGAAAGUGAUGGUGAACUCAGAGCAGCCACUGAGUCCAGAGGGAGAUGAAGAACACAUAGCCGUGAGCUUUGAGAAAGGAGGAAUGGCUACAGAAAAGGUCACAGAGGGUCAUGAUACAGCUAAGGGAAAGGGCAAGGUGGAACCGAAGGUGGCCAAGAGUCACAGACCACCUGAUUUAAAGAAAGUGGACGAGGAAUCCAAGACUCCUCAGCCUAUUGGGCGGAUCGCAGAUAGGAUCAGCCUUUUCGAGGGGAGAGCGAUGGGGGUUGCCAGUCCCAGUAAGACUUACCCCAGGAGUGCAGAUGUUUCUCCCACCAGGAAAGUCACAGAGCAGCUCAUAACAAAUGUAAACAGAGAGCUCGUGUUGCCAGAUCAGCGGGAGAAAUCGGUGGAACGUGGCGAUGCCAGGUCCAGCUCGGCCCCCCCUGUUCGGGAUAAAUUAAAAACGAUACGGGAGCGGGCUAGGAACUUUGCAGAGGCUCAGAAGAUGGAUGAUAAAACAAUGGUACCCCAAAAGUCCUCUAUUAUUGCAGGAAUACCUGAAAAUUCUACAGAUUUCCCUGCUUCUGCUGUGUCAAAGAUAACAAAACAGGACAUUCAGGGAAAACUGGCCAGCGGGGAAAAGACUCCUACUCGUGUCACUCCGAAGGCAGAGAUAACAUUGAAACCAGCGGAUCCAGAAACCACCCCAGUAGCGGUCAUGCCAGUUCCUAAAGCAGAUCAGACAGACUCCAAAACAAAGGACAAAGAGGCUACUGAAACAGUGGAGCUACCAAAGAGACCUACCAAUAUUGACCUAAAUACUUCAGUUAAAGGGGGGAGUAGCUCAGACUCAAGCCAGCUGACACCUCAGGUGGACUCAAUCAAUGAGGUCAGCCCACAAUCCAAAGCCAACAGCAGACAAAACUCCAGGUCAAAGAGACGGAAAAGCAAAGGAGGGGAGUCAGCCAAUCACCUGAGCUGUGACAUCAAACAGGAAGUGACAAACACUGAGCAGGAAGUGGUCAACAGCAAACAGGAAGAGGCAGGCACCACAAAGAAAAUGGCCACUGCGUUUGAGCAGGACGAUAAUACAGUUACAUCGCCACAAUAUAGUCAAUCUGUAGACGUAAAAUCAGAUGUUAAAAAAGAGUCUGUUAGAGAAAACAUACAGAAAGUAGUCAUUAAAAAGCCAGCACCCUCAGACAAGCAGAUUGAGUCAUUGUCAGAUGAAAAAGAAAAUUCUAACAAACUGUUAAAGGAAAAGACGCAAUCACCCACACCUCCAAACGUCAACAAAGACAAUAAAAUGGCUACCUCUGAUCCUAUCAGUGGAAGAAAGGGGCCCAAUAAUAAAACUGUAGACAUUCUACCCUCACAGAGUUCCAAGGGAGAGAAGGCAGAGGGGGGAAGCUCUGAGACGACCUCUACCAUUAAGACAAAUCAAAAUGUUUCCAAGGACAACAGCGAAACAUCACUGUCUUCACAUUUGCCUAAGAAAAAACAGACUCUUGUUCAAGACCCCUCUCGUGUGGAGCAAGGCUCACCUGUCCCACACGCUGAAGUCGACAACAGACCAAUGCAGCCUGAAAAGAAAGCGGUGGAAAUGGUAAAACAACCUGAUAAAAAUACAGAUACAAAGUCAGAGAAGGAUUUGCCUUCAGGCAGUAGACAAGACACCCCUGAGAUAGCUGCUACUAAAGCUGUCCCACCCUCUGUAGCUCCUAUUAAACCUCCAGCCUCACUGACUCCUAUACAGCCUUCUCAGUCAGAUAAAACUGCCAGUGUUGUCACUCAGAUUGAUGAGACAGCGAUGGGAAAAGACAGUGAUAAAUGUGCAAUCGAGCCUCCUAAGGAAGGGUCGUCUACACGUGUGCCUGAGCAGAAAACAAAAUCUUAUCAUCAGGACCCUGUAUUAGAAAAGCAGCAAACCAAGGUCUCAAAGCAAACCCAGUCUGUAAUGUCAUCUGAGGUGAAGACAGAUAAACCUAGCCACGACACACCGACACACAGAGUGAGGCCUACCCCAGAACCCACCCCCUCAAUGCCUAGCACUACAGUGCCAGUAGUAGAGAAGGACACCUCUGUAAAAACAGAAAGCAAGGCCUCAAAUCCUACAGCGGUAGAUUCUACUCAGAAUCCUUCGGAGACCAAAGCCCCAGAAAAUACAAAGGGUCAGGGGGAGAAAGAACUACCUGGGCCAAAGCCGAAGAGCAGUGAGGGGCCAAGGCUGGAUGUUGGGAAGGAGAACUCCACAGCUGUAAAAACAGAAAGCAAGGCCUCAAAACCUACAGCGGUAGAUUCUACUCGGAAUCCUUCGGAGACCAAAGCCCCAGAAAAGACAAAGGGUCAGGGGGAGAAAGAACUACCUGGGCCAAAGCCGAAGAGCAGUGAGGGGUCAAGGCUGGAUGUUGGGAAGGAGAACUCCUCUGCUGUAAAAGCAGAAAGCAAGGCCUCAAAACCUACAGCGGUAGAUUCUACUCAGAAGCCUUCGGACACCAAAGCCCCAGAAAAUACAAUGGGUCAGGGGGAGAAAGAACUACCUGGGCCAAAGCCGAAGAGCAGUGAGGGGCCAAGGCUGGAUGUUGGGAAGGAGAACUCCACUGCUGUAAAAACAGAAAGCAAGGCCUCAAAACCUACAGCGGUAGAUUCUACUCGGAAUCCUUCGGAGACCAAAGCCCCAGAAAAGACAAAGGGUCAGGGGGAGAAAGAACUACCUGGGCCAAAGCCGAAGAGCAGUGAGGGGUCAAGGCUGGAUGUUGGGAAGGAGAACUCCUCUGCUGUAAAAACAGAAAGCAAGGCCUCAAAACCUACAGCGGUAGAUUCUACUCGGAAUCCUUCGGAGACCAAAGCCCCAGAAAAGACAAAGGGUCAGGGGGAGAAAGAACUACCUGGGCCAAAGCCGAAGAGCAGUGAGGGGCCAGGGCUGGAUGUUGGAAAGGAGAACUCCACUGUAAAGACUAUAGCCCCAGAGGUAAAGAAGCCAGAGGAUGUGAAGGAGUGGAACACUCUACCAAGCCAAUCACAGAGUGAGGACAGAGAAAAGACAGUGAUGUUGCCCAAUGGAAAGCUAGCAGAGGGAAAAUGGGAUGCACUUGAACAAAAGUCAUCUACUAGUAGUUAUACUACUACUGUGCAAGAAAGGACAGCUGAUGACAAGCAAGGAAUUGUGGUAACAAAUUCUACACCGGUUGUGAAUGUCGAGAUCCGCCCGGUAACACAACCCGAGACAACCGAUGAGAAAUCAAAAAUUUUCCCCAGUCCAGGCAAAGCUCCGAAGAUACUCUCUUCUACUGAAACCACUAAAAAACAGAGCCCAGUCUCUCCCCAACAUCCAUCUCUGAAUAAGCUCCCCUUACUGGGGGGCGGUGGCAGUGGCUUGCCCCUCCAACGCGACACCCCCUCCAGCUGGCUAGACGUGGACCAUCGCUUCCCCAAGCCGAAGCACCUCCGCCCCGCUGAACCCAAGCUCAGCUCAUCGGUCAGCGAGAGCAACCUCUUGGACACGUCCGGAGAACUGGACGACGAUGACUUCAUCGAGAACAUAAAACGCCUUGGCGUGCCUUUCUCGUUGCCACCGCGGCAGAACCACCACCACCAUCCUCCCAAGCCACCGUUCGCAAUGCCCGCCAUCCGGGAGGACCGCUUCGAGAAGACCUUUGACCCAGAGGAGUUCCAGUUCGGCCUGAGGAAGAAGAGGGAGUUUUCUGUGGAGACGACACAGAGUCUUCUGCCUAAGCUCCAGAGGAACCGGGUCAAAGGGGAGCUGAAGCCGGCCAGGGCCAGCAUCACGGACCGGGACAGGGGCAGCAUCCUACUCAAGAGCCUCGACACCCGUUCCAGGCUCCUCUUGGAGAGGGAGAAGACCACCAUGGAGGAGGGCGAGGAGAAGAUGAAGGAAGAGGGCGGGGGGGAGGAGAAGAAAGAGGAGGCGAAGGUGGUGAAACCUCGUAUGUCACGCUUGGAGGGGAGCUGUAUCCUUAGUAGCUUGAACAGCUCCUCCACCAGGGGCAAGAGGCCCGGAGAUGGACCCCAGAUGGACACCACUCCGGGUGGGGAGGUGUCUCCCACCGAGGCCCCUCACCUCCAGCCCAGCCCUUCACCAGUCACUAAGCCAUCCCAGACUACCCCCACUUUCUCUGGGGAGCUCAGACAGGCAUUGGCCAAACAGCCCAGCCCUCCACCACCAGUCCCCCAGACUUCCCCCACUUCCUCUGGGGAGGCUACCAUCCAAAGUCGUAACCUGGGGAACAGGCCCACUGCCCAGACUGCUGUGGUCAGUGACUCAGCUUCUCCGUUCCCGUCCUUUAACGACAUCAAGCUGCCGGAGUAUUUAGAGAAGUACCUUCCUCUCCGAGAGCCUGCUGGGAAACUAGAGCUGAGCACAGGGCAGGAACCGCUCAACUCAGAGGUUAUUGGAGGGAUGAAGCCACUUGAAGGAGGUGGUAGAGGAGACUUGAAUAUCAGGCCUGGACUCCUAAUGCUGGAUGGAAGACCUCCGAGUCUUCCUCUGGUUCCUCCAUCCUCCCUACUCGAGGCCAUGGCCCCUCUGGCUGGCCCACUAGGGACUCAUACUGACCAUAGAGAGGCUGUGAAUGGAUUCCAUAGGCGACCAGGAAAGAUGGUGUUGUUUGAGCAUGACCAGUUUAGCGGCCAGGCUUAUGAAGUCUUCAGAGACAUGGUGGAUGCCACCCAGCUCCAACUGUCUCCCAGAAUUUUUGUGAAGGUGGUGAGAGGAUGCUGGGUGCUUUAUGAGAGGCCUGGGUUCGAGGGGCGUUCCAUUGCCCUAGAGGAGGGGCCUAUUGAGCUGACCAAUGUCUGGGCAGAUGCAGGGCCACCAGGUUCACACCCCCAUGUCGACAUACCAAUGGUCAUCGGCUCCAUCCGACUGGCUGUAUGGGACUACAGCGUUCCCCAUAUUGACUUGUUCACUGAGCCAGAGGGCCACGGCAGGCUAGCACCGUACCAUGACGACACAGUAGAGAUCAGCUCCUUCGGUAUCCCACAGAACACAGCUUCCAUCAAAGUCAACUCUGGAGUGUGGUUGGUGUUCAGUGACCCAGGGUUCCAGGGCCUCCUGGCGGUGUUGGAGAAAGGGGAGUACCCCUGUCCCGAGGCCUGGGGGUUCAACACACCCUUCAUCGGAUCCCUCAGACCCCUCAAAAUGGGUGCCUUCAAGGUGGAGAAUCCUAAUGAAGUCAAGGCUGUGCUGUAUGAGCGGCCUGGCUUUGAGGGAUCCUGUCUGGAGAUCGAUGGGGACGUGUUCUGUUUUGGAGAUGAAGGAGAUGAAGAGACAUCAAACCUGGAGUCAAACAGACUGAAGUCAGUGGGCUCUGUGAAGAUCCUCAGAGGACUCUGGGUGGGGUAUGACCAACUAGGGUUUGAGGGUCACCAGCAUGUCCUGGAGGAAGGAGAGUACCUGGACUGGAGGGACUGGGGAGGAAUGACUGAUCAGCUGUUGUCUAUACGACCUGUACUGACUGAUUUCAUGUCACCACACCUCAAGAUGUUCAGUGAGAGAGACUUUGGCGAGCUGGGCGCCAACAUCGACAUCUUAGAGCCUAUCAUCAAUAUAGAGGACACCGGCUAUGGGCUGAAAACGCAGUCUGUCGACGUUAUGGGCGGAGUAUGGGUGGCAUUUGAGGAGGCAGGGUUCUCUGGAAAGGCGUAUGUGUUGGAGAAAGGCCUCUACGGAAGCCCAGAGGACUGGGGGGCCCUCAGCUCCAAGAUCACAUCCGUCAUGCCCAUCAUUCUGGAUAAUCUGGGAAAUUCCUCCAAGUUUAAGAUGCAGUUGUUCUCGGAGCCGGGGUUCCAGGGUUCUGUCCACAUUGUGGAGGACAGUGUUUCUGCCCUGCCACACGGCUUUUCCCUGGGUUCCUGCAAGGUGCUGGCUGGCAGCUGGCUGGCGUUUGAGGGCCAGGGCUUCACUGAGAGGAUGUAUGUGUUAGAGGAGGGGGACUACCCUGAUCUGAGGGCCAUGGGGUGUGUGGAGCCCAACUCCUCUGUCCUGUCCCUGCAGACUAUUGGCUUUGAGUUUUCGCUGCCCUCUGUCACCCUGUUUGAGAGGUCAGGUCUGCGGGGAAAGAGGGUGGUUCUGACCGACAGCUCGGUUAACCUGCAGCUUGCCGGAGGCUGUAGCCUGGUCCAGUCUGUCCUUGUGGAGGGCGGCAUGUGGGUGCUGUAUGAGGGGAUCAACUACCGCGGAGCUCAGAUUCUGCUGAAGCCCGGCGAGGUGCUCGAUUGGCGAACAUUCAGUAACUGGCAGCGAAUCGGAUCCCUGCGCCCACUGAUCCAGCGACAGGUGCACUUCCGGUUGAGGAGCCAGGAGGGCCUUCUAAUGUCUGUCACUGGGGAGAUGGAUGACAUCAAGCUGAUGCGUAUCCAGGCAACGGAGGAGAUGGGCGGAGUCGAACAGAUCUGGUUCUAUCGGGACGGACAUCUCCACUGCAAGGUGCAGGAGGAUUGCUGUGUGGCUCCGUGCAGCGUGGCCAUGACAGGCAGUCGUAUGGGCCUCUCACCUGAGCCUGGCAAACAACCCUCCUGCUGGAGCAUUACGCCUGAUGGCCUCAUCCGCUACACCGCCAGCCCCGACCUGCUCCUGGAGGUCAAAGGUGGUCAACAAUAUGACAGAAACCAGGUGAUUCUCAAUGCGUUUGAUCCAAACAAACCCAACCAAAGAUGGACAGUGGAGAUACUCUGAGGUCUUGUUUUGAGAGGGAAGAACUAGGUGUAGUCUCUGAGGUGCAGUAUGAUGAGGGGCCUCAGCGCUCUGUGACGCAGCUGCAGCGUGGGCCCCAUACAAGCCUCAAGGACAAGAUGCCUCAGGAACAGAACAUUUGCUGCUGGAAGAGAAGCUUAUAUACAGUAUAAUCUUUCCUCUGCGAUCAACAUGGAAAAUAUAUCAAAUUUCCUGGAUAAUCUAUAAUAUCGCAUUACUUCUUCACGAACAAACAGGGACAAAACAAUAGUAUUCAUUACUACAUUAUGGGAAAAUGGACUCAGACUAAACUUGAAAUACUUUACCUACCCUUUAAUAUCUGAUAAUAUACGAGUUUGACAUUGUUGAUGAAUAUGUAUUUUUUUGACAUCUUAUUCCCUUCUGCCAUUGAUGUCCUUAUGUAAAUAAAUAUGUGAUGUGAUUA